GUCCAGCGAUGGUGUUAUUAUGGCUUCGAUCGUGCAAUUACAACGUUCAACACUGAUCUCAAGCGUGGCGGCGGUGCCUUUGUCUAGGUUUGUGCUCUCCCUCAUGUCGUCCAAAACGGCAAUAGUGGACUAGCUUAACAGACCCUGUCGAUUGGUUCGAGCACUGUGAUUUGGAGUCUGCUUUUCAAACGCGUGUCCGCGUCAAGCGCUGCCAUGCCCGUUUCUGGCUCGUGGUGAGUACCAGGCCAGCGGUCAUCAUGGUACAUCCACUCGAUGCAGGCCUUGUAUGCCACAGUUGUUCUUGCCCUUGACAGCGGGGAAUGCUCACGCUGUACAGUCUGUGUAUGUACCUCGUUGAUCCCACUGUUAUAUUGUUGUCGUCGCAUCAUCAGCGUGCGUCCCUCCUCCCACCCAGCCCAGGGUGAGAGUGACCGAAUCGGUAAGAGUUUGGCUCUUGAUGUCCGACUACUAGGUCUGCAAGGCCGGUGGCAAUAUGGAGAAAGAAUCUAGCAUUGUCGAGAACCACCCGCUCGGGGCAAGAUGCCAGGCUCAUGUGCUACUGGGUUUGGUCCAAGCAUAGCGCGGAAGCACCCAAUAUAAGCUUGAAUUGCGCCACCAUGUAUGGCCGUGCUUCUCCUGCAGGUCGUCCCGAGAUCCAGAACCCCAGAGUCUAGGGCGGACGAGCCUCCGGACGAGCCUCGGAAGCGUACCACUGUGAAUGUGGUCCUCUCACUCCAGCGAUGGUGCAAGAGUCGCUGCAUGUCACGCCUGUCUGGAUGAUCGCAGACUAAAGCAAUCUUGUCCACACAGUUGGUCGAGAAAGACCCUGGCAAGAUCCGAUCCACGUGGAAGAGCUUUCCAACAUGUCGGGACCCCGAGUCAAGGUUUGCCACGAAAUGCUUUUAAAGAAAAGCGCAGACCCUGCCUCAACCCUUGGGCGAGCCGUUGUUGUACCGCCACGAAACAAAACAUCCUAGACCUUACCCCCGAACUGGGCCGAACAACAUGUUGGGCUCAAGCGACUCCGACUCCUUCUCCUCGUCCCUGGAACGCCGUCAUGGAGCACCAGCUUAUGUCGGCGGCCAGGAGAAGAACCUGAGCUCGUUCGAGGCCACAGAUGUGCCCUCCGAUGAGAAUGGCCCGAAGCGGGAUAUCUCUGGAGAUAUCUUGGACGACGGUCUGAGACGAGGUUUGAAGGGACGGCAUUUUGUCAUCAUUGCCCUCGGCAGCAUCAUUGGACCCGGCACCUUCUACGGCCUGGGCUAUGCGAUCUAUCUGUCUGGUCCACUUGGUGCACUGCUUGGCUUCAUCAUUGUUGGUAUUUCGGUAUGGAUACUCAUGCAGAGCGUCGGCGAGAUGACUACCUUAUUCCCCAUCCACGGCGGAUUUGUCGAGCAUGCUGGCCGCUUCGUUGAUCCUGCUUUGAGCUUCGCCAUGUCCUGGUUGUACUACAUUAUGUGGAGUGUGUUCCUGGCCUCAGACUGGAAUUCCGCCAUCCUGAUUCUCCGUUACUGGGUCCCCGAAACGACCUUCCCGUCAUACGGCUGGGCAUUGAUCUUCUGGGCCGUGUUUUCCGUCAUCACGCUUCUCGGAGUCAACGUCUACGGCGAGCUGGAAUACUUCUUUGGCAUGUUCAAGUUCUUGUCCUUGAUCAUUCUUUUUAUCUUGUCCAUCGUCGCCAACGUGGGAGGGUUCGGCGGCGACUACGUCGGGUUCAGAUAUUGGAGAAAACCAGAUGGUCCCAUCAUCCAUGGCAUCGACGGCUUUGGCCAGGUCUUCGUGCUCGCCGCGGCGUACUACGUUGGCACGGAAAUCAUCUCUCUAGCUGCCGGGGAGUCGAGAAAUCCCAAAAAGGAUGUCCCUAGGGCCAUCAACUCCGUGGUAUAUCGUAUCCUGGUCGUGUAUAUCGGCAUGCCAUUCUUUCAGGGCCUGAUCUGUCCAUCGUCAUCACCGGAGCUUCUCAACGCCGAUUCGGUGGUGGCCUCAUCUCCCUUCACCAUUGGUUUCACCCAGGCCGGAUGGAAAACCGCAGGUCAUUUCGUCAAUGCGCUGAUCACGGUGGCGUUUGUCUCGGCCGCCAAUGGUGUGGUUUACGUCCAGUCUCGCACCGUCUACUCGCUAGCCUUGACGAAUCGAGCACCCAAGAUUUUUGCAAAGACAACAUCACGCGGAGUUCCCUGGGUCGCGAUCCUCACAUCCAACCUCUGGGGUUUCCUCUGCCUCAUGAACCGCAGAUUGACCGCGGGCCAAGUGUUUUCGUACAUGACCAGCGUGGGCGGGACGGCGGCCUACAUCGCCUGGGCGGGCAUCACGUUCACACAGCUCCGGAUCCGGGCGGCCGCGGCAAAGCAAAACAUCGAUGUCAACACGUUUCCUUACAAGGCCUUUGGCAGCAUCUGGCUGUACCGCGCCAACUUUGUCUUCAACAUCUUCUUGCUCCUCAUCCAGGGCUAUACUGUCUUCAAGCAUCCGUUCAACUGGCGCUCGUUUAUUGCGUGCUACAUCACCGUCCCGACGUUUUUCGUCUUGUUCUUCGGAUACAAGUACUACUUCAAGACGCAUUGGGUCCGUCUUGACGAAAUGGAUCUCUCGGAUCGGAGAGAAUGGGUCGCCCCGGCUAGGGAGGGUAAGCUGGAUAAUCGGACUCUGAAAAGGAAGUUGUGGGAUAUGUUCAAGGAUUGAGAUUGAGAGUCAGAGGGAGAAGAUACUUGUAGCUUGCCAGGCCCAGGUCAAGCUAAACCACUAGUCUACCUGCGGACAGCACUCCUUAGACCCUAUAGCAUACCAUGAUUCAUUCAUGUCACGAACGUGGGUGCAGCCUCGUGUAAGUACCAGCUUGAUAAGUGGAUGGCUCCUAGAACAGCAUCUUUGCUUGUCUUAUC